AUGGCAUCUUCGAAGAAGGAUAACGGUAUGCUGUACCGCCGUGUGGGCAAUUCGGGUCUGCAUGUGUCUGUCAUUGGACUGGGAGGAUGGUUGACUUAUGGUGGCCAUGUUGAUAAUGAAAUCACCUUCAACUGCAUGAAGCAAGCGUACGACUGCGGGGUCAACUUCUUCGAUACCGCAGAAGGAUAUGCCGAUGGACAAUCUGAAGUCGUCAUGGGCCAAGCUGUCAAGAAGUUUGGCUGGAAACGAAGCGACCUGGUGAUCACCACCAAGCUCUACUGGGGAGGCGCUAACGGCGAGAACCCCAUCAACAACAACGGUCUCUCGCGGAAGCACAUCGUUGAAGGGACCCGGGCUUCCCUGGAACGCCUGGACCUCGAGUAUGUCGAUAUCAUCUAUGCUCACCGACCGGACCGCCUGACGCCCAUGGAGGAGACUGUGCGUGCAUUCAACCAUGUGAUCGAGAAGGGAUGGGCGUUUUACUGGGGUACAUCCGAAUGGUCGGCCGACGAGAUUGCUGAGGCGUGUGGAAUCGCCCGGUCGCUGGGUCUCAUUGCACCGAUUGUGGAGCAGCCACUGUACAACAUGCUGGACCGGCAAAAGGUCGAGGGCCAGUUCCAGCGCCUGUAUUCACGGUGCGGCAUCGGUCUGACCACCUUCUCGCCGCUGAAGAUGGGCCUGCUGAGCGGCAAAUACAACGAUGCGACAAAGGAGCCUCCGGCAGGCACGAGGUUGGCCAUGAGCGGCGACAGUUACGUCAACAGCGUCCGUGAGAAGUAUGGCAAUGAUGAAUGGAUGGCGACCAUGAAGAAGAUUGCCGGUCUCAAGGCACAGCAGCAGGACGUGGCAGACAAACUGGGCGUCAAGUUAUCGCAGCUGGCGCUGGCGUGGUGUCUGAAGAAUGAAAACGUGUCCUCUGUCAUCACGGGUGCUUCCAGACCGGAGCAGAUCGUGGAGAACGUGGAGAGUCUGAAGGUGCUGCCCAAGCUGACUGCCGAGGUGAUGGCAGAGAUCGACGAAUUCCUCGACAACAAGCCGGCGCAGGAUCCUGCCCGUUAUGGCUGA